CAACUUGUUACACUGUGCGCUAAUAUAUCGAUUAACCUUACACCAAUCUCUAAUUGUCAAACUGCCAUCCCUAAAUUAACCAACACAUUGCGACAAAUGUCAAACAAAAUAACAAAAACAACAAAUUUACUAAUUGGAUUGGAGUUUUUUUUAAGUUAUUAACAAUUUUAGAUUCAAGGACAAUUUAAGGACCAGACAACUCGUUGGCGAAGUUCUUAAGUAAAUAGAAAUUAACAGACCACCUGAGCAGUCACCAGUUGUUCCGCACUUUGAAUUAGGGCAAAUUACUACCCCCAUCCAAACAACAUUUAUAACCAAAUAAGCGUUCUUUUUAUUGCCAAUAGACUAUUUAGCAGUAUGGUUAAACAGGGACCCAGACCAGUGGUUGUGUGUGGACCUUCGGGUUCUGGUAAAAGUACUCUGCUGAAUAGACUAUUCGCAGAAUUUCCCAAUACUUUCGGUUUUAGUGUAUCGCAUACCACGCGUAAACCUCGACCCGGAGAGGAGGAUGGUGUUCACUAUAACUUUGUCAGCCGUGAGGAAAUGGAAAAAGCUGUGGCCAAUGAUGAAUUUAUAGAAUCGGCUACGUUUGGUGGCAACAUGUAUGGCACUAGUAAGGAGGCUGUACGUAAGGUACAAAAUGCCGGUAAAGUUUGUAUUUUAGAUAUUGAACCCCAAGGUGUGGAGCAGGUGAAGAAGACCAAUUUAAAUCCCAUACUAAUCUAUAAUAAUCCACCAUCUGUGGAGGCUUUGGAACAACGUUUACGUAAACGUGGCACCGAAACCGAGGAAUCUUUAAAGAAACGUUUAGAUGCUGCCGCUUCUGAGAUUGCUUAUGGUCUGACACCCGGUAAUUUCCAGAAAAUUAUCCAUAACAUUGACAUUGAUCAGGCCUACGAAGAGUUUCGUGAAUUUAUUGUAGCCGAAUUGAAGGCUCAAGAAGCUGCUGGCAUUACUAUUACCUGGUAAUGUCUUAAAAUAGACCUAGACCCAUUAGAACCUCUGCAUUUUCGCAAUGGUAUUUUAAGUUUAAAGAUAUUUUAAACUUUAGUAAAAUCAUUGUUGAUGUUCAACGUAUAAUAUUUUGCGUGUGUGACUAGAAUUUAAAGAAAAAGUUUUUAUUUAAAUUUAAGUCAAUUACUAUUUAUUUCGUGAUUUUUUUAAUUUUUUUAAAUAAAAAUUUAUGUAUUUCUUUG